CCAACCUCCACAAAUGGUGUUUCUGUCCGCGUGGUUGUGCCCUACUUCACUGUGCCCCAAAACACACCUGGUUGCAUCCUCUGGUGACGUCAUGGCACUUAGGAGGGUCCCUGGACUUGCAGUUCUUUGACCUCGGAACCCGGGACCUCAUCCCGCUCGUCUGCGCCAGAAACGCUCUGCAGUUCUACAAAGCUCUAGGGGGCAUGGAAAAGAUAGUGGGCUACACGAGCGAGCUGGCAGAGAAGGCCAAACAGCUGUUUGAGAAAGAGCUAGGUUUGACACACCUUGACAUCCCAGCCAGCAUGGAGGCUCCCAACAUGAAGAUGUUAAAACUGCCUCCGUUCCGGGAUUUCCCGUCCCUCGAUGAGAACACGUGGACACUGACGGAAGCGAUAUUUGGCAACACCAAAGUCUUUGGUAUCCUUUCGUGGGUCGAAGGAGACUUUUACUUCCGUUACUCAGUACAGAUCUACAACGACAUGGAUGACUUCCGAGCGGCCACUGACGUAUUGAAAGCUUUUAUACAGAAACAUGCUGCUUAAUUGUAAAGAAAAGAUUAUUGUUUUAGAUUUGUGGCUUCGUGAUGGAAUCAGGCGCCCUUCAAAAUAAUGACAUCGAAGAUUUUUUUAGCUCAACAUCUCUUAUGCCCAUUCAAAAUACAUUUCGAUGUUGAUUUAUCUGCAAAACGUCGAUCAACGGCACAAAACAUUGAAUUUUGUUGUUUCUGAGGACACACAAAGUUUUGAAUUCACCAGGCUUUGGAGAUCAUUUCUCCAUAAUUCUACCUCUGACACCAAGCCACGCCCCACUACUUUCAAUCUCAAAUACUUCCGCUUCUUUUAACGCUAUUUUUUUCAAAAGCAAAAUAAAUAAAGAUGCUUUAAGAUGAUACUGAUAAUUUCAUAGUGGUAUGCACAAAAAUUGACAAGCGCCUGAUUCCACCGCGUCUUGACUCAUAUCUGUGUUGUGUGUGGCAAACUCGCAGCAAAGACUAGAUCUAACAUGUCAUCGACGAUGUAAAUGUACAAGAGAUGGUAUAAAUGUUUGAUUAAAGCUCUUUAAAAAAAA